AUGCGCUGGCCCUGGCUGCUGUCGCAGCUGUCGCUGCUGCUGUCGCUGCUGUCGCUGCUGUCGCUGCCCUUCGCGCUGGCCCUGCCCGCGGCGGCCCCGAGCCGCGGUGGCCCCGGGGUGGCCCUGGUGGCGCUGGAGGCGCUGGUGGCGUCGGGCGAGGGACAAUUGUCCCUUGCGGAGCUGGGGGCCCUCGUGGCGCAGGCGGGCGGCCGUGCGCAGUGCCCGCGCGAGCCGUGCGGAGAGUGUCCCUCGGUGCCAGCGCUGCUGGCCCUGGCUGGGAAGGCCCCGGGUGGCACCGCCGGGCUCGAGGCCACCGAGCUGUCCUGGCUGGGGGCGGCUGUGGUGGCCACGCUCAGGGACCCCCCUGAUGCCACCUGUGGGGACAUCGGCGGGGACACCAAUGGGGACAUCCAUGGGGACAUCGGCGGGGACACCAAUGGUGACACCAACGGGGACAUCCAUGGGGACAUCCAUGGGGACACCAAGGCCACUGCAGGGUCCUGGGCCAGCCAUGUCCGUGCCCUGCACCGGGAGUUUGUCACCGAUGCCACCGAUGUCACCGGUAAUGUCACCGUCACUGCCACCAGCCACGGUGGCCCCAGGCUGCGGGAGGUGGCCGAGCUGCUGGCGGCCAUCGAGCCCAACUACCGCAGUGACAGCGGCCACCAGGCCUGCAUGGACGCUCGGGGGGUGCUGGCGGCCGCCACCAGGAUGUCCCCAAGGGUGGGGACAGGACGGGAGCUGGUGGCACUCGGGGUCCUGGUGCUGCGCGGCCACCGCCUCUGCCCUGGGGACAGCGGGGACAGCGGGGACACGGCCAGCGCCCGGUGUGGGGACAGCAGCUGGCACCUUGGGGACACCGGUGACAUUGACACCCCCCAUGGGAGCAUGGGCACCUGGCACUGUGGGGACACCGGUGACAUCAACGCCUCCCGUGGGGACAUGGACAGCAGGCAUGGUGACAUUGGGAGCCACCUUGGGGACACGGACACCUGGCACGGGGACAGCCACCCCAUCGAGAGCCAGCACGGCCCCACGGCCCCCAGCUCUGGGGACAGCGGUGACAAUGUCACUGUCCCCACGGCCACCAACAGCACCGAGCAUGAGGAGCAGCUCGGUGUCACCGAGAGGUACCUGCUGGGGACACUGACGGCGCUGGCGCUGGCGCUGGUGCCGCUGGUGGCGCUGGCCCUGGUGCUGUGUCCCCGCUGUCCCCUGUGCUCGCGCUGUCCCCACGGUGCCGGAUGUCGCCGAUGUCGCCCGUGUCGCCUGUGUCCCCCGCGCUGGUGGCGCCCCCUGCUGGACGGGCUGGCGGCCGGGGCGCUCAGCGGGGACGCGCUGCUGCACGUGCUGCCGGAGGCGCUGGGGGUGCACAGCCACUCCGGGGGGGGACACUCGGAGCACGGCGGGGACACCCACAGCCCCCCCUGGGAGCUGCUGGCCGUGCUGGGGGGGCUCUACGGGGGCUUCGUCCUGGAGCGGCUGCUGGGGGGGCUGGGAGCGCCCCCCGAGGAGGUGAAGGAUGGAGACCCCACCCCUGACCCCGCCCAGAGCACGCAGGAACUGACCAAUCACGGCUCCGGCCGCGCGCAGGCGCUGUUGCUGUCGGCAGGGGGCGCCGUUCACCGCCUGGCGGACGGGCUCGCGCUCGGCUCCGCCUUCGCCGCUUCCGGCAGCGCCGGGGCCGCCGCGGGGGCGGGGCUGGCCCUGCACGAGCUGCCCCGGGCACUGAGUGACGCGCUGGUGCUGUCGCAGUCGGGGCUGGGCACUCGGCGCACGGUGGCCCUGGCGGCGGCCGCGGCGCUGCCGGUGGUGCCGGGGGUGGUGGCCGGGCUGGCCCUGGGGGCCGCCCCCGCCGCCCGCACCUGGCUCGCGGCCCUGGGAGGGGGCUUCCUGCUGCACCUGGCGCUGUGCCACAUGGUGCCGGCCAUGCUGUCCAUGCGCUCCCCCAGCCCCUGGGCGCUGCUGGGGCUGCAGAGUGCGGGGCUGCUCGGGGGCUGGGCGCUGCUGCUGCUGCUGGCCCUGAAUGAGCAGGGGGACGAGCACUGA